UCAGGUCCUCUGAAGAUGGACAGUUUUGCUGACAAGAGACCUCUGCUGGGGGUGUGCAAGAGCACGGGUUCCUCUGGGACAAGCCCUCCCUACUGUUGCGUUGACCUGUAUUCUCUACGGACGGGGGAAAUGGUCAAAUCAAUUCAGUUCAAGACGCCCAUCUAUAAUCUCAACUGCAACAAACAUAUUCUUGUUGUGAGCCUUCAAGAGAAGAUUGCUGCCUUUGACAGCUGCACCUUCACAAAGAAGUUCUUUGUAACAAGCUGCUACCCCUGUCCAGGCCCCAGCAUAAAUCCAAUAGCUUUGGGAAGCCGCUGGCUAGCCUACGCUGAGAAUAAGUUGAUCCGGUGUCACCAGUCCCGUGGAGGAGCGUGCGGUGACAAUGCACAGUCCUAUACAGCUACAGUUAUCAAUGCAGCUAAAACUUUAAAGACAGGCCUGACAAUGGUGGGUAAAGUUGUCACGCAGUUGGCAGGCACCAUUCCAGCAGGUACUCCGGAUGAGGAGGGCACACCUCACAGUGUGAUCCGCCGCAGCCCCCACAACCCAGGGGUGGUCACCAUCGUUGACACACAUAGUGUUGGCGAAGGACAGGUCUUGGUGAGUGAGGAGUCGGACGGAGAGGGAGUGGUGGCUCACUUCCCAGCUCAUGACAAACCCAUAUCCUGCAUGCAAUUCAACCCCAGUGGAAUGCUGCUUGUGACUGCAGAUACUCUGGGCCAUGAUUUUCACGUCUUUCACAUUCUGACCCACCCAUGGGCCUCAUCACAGAGCGCUGUGCACCAUCUUUACACCUUGCAUCGAGGGGAAACUGAAGCCAAGGUCCAAGACAUGUGUUUUAGCCAGGACAGUCGCUGGGUUACCAUCAGCACCCUUCGAGGCACAACCCAUGUAUUUCCCAUCAACCCCUAUGGCGGUGCACCCUGUGCCCGCACCCACAUGUCACCUCGGGUGGUAAAUCGGAUGUCUCGCUUCCAAAAGAGUGCCGGCUUGGAGGACAUUGAACAGGAGCUGAACAGGGUAGCUGCGUUAGGAGGAGGAGCAGGAGUUGGAGGCAUCGGAGGAGGUGGCUGCAUCCUGGGAGGAGGAGGAGGCAUCGGGGGCCGCUGUAGCCCCAUACCUGGCAUGUCCAGCAGCCCCUCGGGUUCUCCACUGCAUGCCAAGCUGAGCAGCCAGGAUUCAUACAACAACUUCACCAACAACAACAUGGGGAACCCGCGGCUGGCCCCACUGCCGAGCCUCACCGUGGUGCUGCCUCUGGCUCAGAUCAAACAGCCCAUGACCCUGGGCACCAUCACCAAGCGCUCUGGCAAAGCCAAGCCGCCCCCUCAGAUGUCCCCGAGCAAGUCCAGUGGAGGAGAGUUCUGCGUGGCCGCCAUCUUCGCCUCAUCUCGCUCCUGGUUCAUCACCAACCCCAACAUGAAAAGAGAGAAAGAUCCAUCCAAGCAGUCAGUCGUUGAGUCGUUGUACAUCAUCAGCUGCUAUGGAACAAUGGUGGAACAUGUCUUGGAGCCUCGGCCAAUCAGCACUGCUCAAAAGAUUAGUGAUGACACACCACUGGAGCUCAACACCUGCCCAAGAGCCUGCUGGAAUCUAGCCAGGACUCCACAAUGGAAUGAGUUGCAGCCACCCUUCAACUCCAACCAUCCCUUGGUGUUGGCCUCAGAUCUGGUGCAGUACUAUCAGUAUCUUCUGGCUGCGAUGCCCCCAGGAAGCCCCAGCCCGAUCACCCGCCACGAGUCGUCGGACAGCCUGGCGUCAGACCACAGCGUUCCUGAGGACGAGGAGUGGCUCUCUCAGGUGGAAAUUGUGACCCACACAGGGCCCCACCGACGCCUUUGGAUGGGCCCACAGUUUCAGUUCAAGACCAUUCACCCUUCAGGCCAGACCACCGUCAUUUCCUCCUCAUCCUCCGUCCUUCAGUCCCAGGGUCCCUCUGAUGUCCAACAGCCCCUGUUGGAUUUUGACACGGAUGACCUGGACCUUCACAGUUUGAGGAUCCAACCGGUACGUUCAGAGCCAGUCAGCAUGCCCGGCUCCUCCAGGCUGGUAGCUGAUCGCAGAGGGCAGGCCAACAUCAUGGACUCAGGAUCAGCGAGCGGAAGUGAUACACUGAGCAUAGACGUGAAUAAGAGAAAGAAAAGCAUGGAACCACUCGUUGAGCACCGGACCUGCCCGACAUGCCCUGGCCUGAUCGCGGGGGCUGAUCCGCACCGCCUAUGCUUCCAGUGCCUGGGGCCUGACCACGCCGAAGACGGCCUAGGCCCGUCGCCGGCCUGUAACGCCUGCCGGAUGAUCCCUCGGCUGAGCUGCCGACAUCGAGGCAAUCAUUUCCGGGUGAAGUUCGGCCUGCAGGUGGAGGAUCAGGACCUCGAGGUGGUGGAGAUGUAUGAACUGGAUGACGAGGUGCCAUUCGAGUUCACCCUCCCAUGUUCGCAGCUUGUUGAUCCGGGGUGA